GACAUAACGUCGCAAAGCAGCGCGCCGGCGGCACAGGGCGGAGGAGGAGGAGAGGGGGGGUGCUGGCGGCCGCGGUGUUACGGACAUAAACAGAACAUGGCGGAAGGAGCCGCCGCCGCUGCGCAGGCUAAGGAGAGGAGAAGGGAGCAGCUCCGGCAAUGGGCCCGCUCUUGCACCAACCAAGAGGCGGCCGAGCCCCGGUGGCAGAGACGCAAGAGGCGGACUGGUGAUGGAAAGGAGGAAGAUGAGGGAGAUCGGGGCUCUGGGGAAGGGGAUGGGCGCACCGUCCGGUUUGAGCGGGCGGCGGAGUUUCUUGCUGCCUGUGCCGGGGGGGAUUUGCUGGAGGCAGAGGAGAUGCUGAGAGGGGAGUCUGGGAAGGAUGUCAUUGACAGCACUAACACUGAUGGGAUCAGCGCCCUGCACCAGGCAUGUAUAGAUGAAAACCUGGAAGUAGUAGAAUUCCUAGUAAACCACGGUGCCAAUGUGAACCAAGCCGAUAAUGAGGGCUGGACGCCUCUACACGUCGCAGCCUCCUGUGGCUACAUGGAAAUAGCCGAGUACCUCUUAAAACAUUCAGCAAACAUUGCUGCUGUGAACAGUGAUGGGGAUGUUCCCCUGGACAUUGCUGAAGAUGACUGUAUGGAGACUCUACUCCGUGCUGAAAUUGCCAAGAGAGGUAUAGAUGUUGAUGCAGCUAAAAGGGAAGAGGAGGAUGUGAUGUUGCAGGACGCACGGCAGUGGCUGAAUGCUGGCAAAGUAGAAGACAUCCGGCACCCAAAGACUGGAGCUACUGCUCUUCAUGUUGCUGCAGCUAAAGGCUAUAUAGAGGUCAUGAGGCUUCUGCUUCAGGCCAAUUUUGACCCAAAUAUGCGAGAUAAGGAUGGCUGGACCCCUCUCCAUGCUGCUGCUCACUGGGGAGUUGAGGAGGCCUGUCGGCUCCUUGUGGAACACUUCUGUGAUAUGAGUGCACUUAAUAACGUGGGCCAGAGGCCUAGUGACGUCGCUGAUGAGGAGAUUGUUAGUCUUUUAGAAGAGCUUCAGAAGAAGCAGGAAGAUUUACGAAGUGAAAAAGAGGCAAAUCUGAAGCGAGCAGUCAUUGACACCAGCAUGGAACAACAGCAUUUAAAUACAAAUAAACACAGGAGAAGUUCUGUGUGUCGAAUGAGCAGCAAAGAAAAAAUAUCUGUGCAGGACCAAUCAAAAGAGAGGAAAACAUUAGGAACUAUAACCGUUGGGGAUGAGGAGAGCUCAUUCAGCUCUGAAGAAGAAUCUGACACAACCAAUGAUCUUAAAAUGAAUGUGCAAGUAAAUGAGAACGGACUAAUAUCACAACCACAGAACAGCACUUUGAGCCCAACUGCCCCUGACCAGAAGUUCACUGGGGCACCCAGCAGCAUCACAGAAAAAUGUCAGCUUUCCCUCUUCAACUUGAGAGCUGGCUUAAGGAAAACUGGCAGCUUCGGGGCUUUACAAGAUGCCAAAAUAGAAGACAGUAGCGUCAAAGAGCCUGGAAUCAAGCGUUCUGCUUCCAGCCCACGUUUGGACACCCAAGGGAGGCCAUCUCUCAGUUCAAACAUUUGGGCAUUAAUGGAGACGUGGAAGAGCAAUGUAGCUGGAGCCGCUGUGAGCAGCAGAACAGCUGCAUUAAGCAUACCGUUCUCCAGUCAGCAGGAAGCAAGCUCAGCAGUGCGGUCUCUGAAAUCAGACAUUUGGGCAUUAAUGGAGAAGUGGAAGAGCAAUGUAGCUGGAGCCGCAGUGAGCAGUGGAACAGCUGCAUUAAGCAUACCGUUCUCCAGUCAGCAGGAAGCAAGCUCAGCAGUGAAUAAGGAGCCAUGUUUGGCUCGUGUUCUGCCAACUCCAAGUAGAAGGAUUUCCAGCCUGUCAGAGGCAGAUCCUCUACAAGAUACUAAGAAAGAAGACAUAGAAGGUGGACUACAGAUGAGACUUGAUAUGGUCCCCACCACACAAUUGCACACAAACACGUCCAGCAUGACUGCCACUUCCUCCACCUCGUCUUCCAACACAAGCUCCAGUCCUGACCCCAAAGAUAAGCGAAGGUCCUAUCAGACGCCAGUCCGUGAUGAAGAAUCAGAGUCUCAGAGAAAAGCUCGGUCUCGACUUAUGAGGCAGUCAAGGCGAUCUACUCAGGGUGUCACGCUCACUGAUCUCAAAGAAGCAGAGAAGACACUGGGGAAGCCUGUGGAUACUGCUCAGUGUACUGAACAAAAAGAUGAUGAACGAGCAGACAAGGAGCAGCCUGUGCAAAACACGGAGCUGGUCAGGAGAUCUCGGUUAGCAUUGAACACUGAAACUAGCUCAUCUGCACCUGUAAAUACUGUGAAUUCUCCAACAAAGAAAGAACUUGAAGCAGUUAGCAGAGAAGAUGGUGAAACAGAAAACACCAACCAUUUGACGACAAGAGACAGACGAUGGCGGAAAGAGCAACGAUCGGCAAACACAGGGGUAGUGGACAAUGAAGACACGCAGACUGUAAACCACAACGACACAUCAGGGCACAGGGUAACAGACAGCGUGAACAGUAUUCUGCCAUACAGAGCUGGGACGUACUCCUUUCCGAGGCACAAAGAGGAACCUGACAAAAACUACAAAAAGUUAUAUGAAGACUUGCUGUCUGAAAAUGAGACACUGAGAGAGCAACUCCAGGAGACAGAAUUAAAACUCACCCAGAUUAAGCUGGAGCUGGAGAGAGUCACGCAGCGACAGGAGCGCCAUGCGGAGAGACCUGCAUUGCUGGAACUAGAGCGAUUUGAAAGAAGAGCAUUAGAGCGAAAAGCUGCUGAACUUGAAGAAGAGUUAAAGGUCCUCUCUGAUCUGAAGGCAGAUAAUCAAAGACUGAAGGAUGAAAAUGCAGCCUUGAUACGAGUCAUAAGCAAACUUUCCAAGUGAACCAGCAGUAAAAUGAGGGUUCUCAUUAAGACACUGCAGAUCUCGACCUGCUUGGGCCAAGAACAGACUUCCAGGUCGGCUUUGCCAAACAUAUGGUCUUCCUGGAUUUGGCAGCUGCUGCAAAGGAACUUGUAUUGGGAACAGAAGUGACGUCUUGUUGGACAUUUGCUGCACACACUGGAGCCAGACUCUCAGACAGCAUCCCAAUCCUUGUACAGCGAGAAAAUCUGACAUCCUAGUUUAAAAAAAAAAAAAAGUUUUAUUCACUUUUUGUAAUGUAUAACUAUAAAUAUAUACUUGUAUGUAUAUCCACAUGUCCCCUGGCAAUGGCAUCAAUUAAAGAUGGUGUUCAAGGACAAAUUGCCACCCAUAGUGUAACUAAACAAA